AUGGCGACGGCGGCAGGACGGCCCUCAACAGAUGGUGCCGCUUAUGUUCACAUGCGCGGCAAGCUGGCGGAAAAGACGCCAGGAGCUGUGACUGUGACCCGCUCUCUCAAGGCGGACAAGGCGGCACAACAACAGGCGCAUCUGAACGGCUGGCUGUCCACGGAGCUGGAAUUCCACUUCAUCCAGUGGAACUUCGAAGCGAGGCGCAUGGAACCCAUGCAGGACGACAGAUCUCUCUCGGAGUACAAGGGGGAGAUGGCCACGUUCAUCCUCUCGUUCUCGCUCCUCACGCCGGCUUCCACGGAGGCGAUGCUGAUCUUCAAGCAAUGGUUCGCGUCAGCGGCCCUACUGCUGAUGUCUCUGCGGCUGAAGCUUGCCUGCCCACAGCCGUCACCGCUCAUCAAGAGAUUCAAGAGGCGGUGGGAUGGUGACGGGCCCGGUACUCAGGUCAAGGUCUUGCUGGCGGCUCUUGUUGCAAGGCUGGACGAGGCCACACCGGCAACAGGACUGUGCAGAGCUCAUUUGUUUCCUCUUAGAACGACAUGA